UGCCAUCAGAUGCACAAAAUGAAGAGAGUACAAGACAGAUGCAAAGGUGAAAAUAUUACAGUUGAAGUAAAUGAGUCUCCAAUGUUAGUACCUCAAUCAACAUGCAGCUAUGUAUCAAACUCAUCAUUUCUAAUGUGUUCUACAGAAAGUGACGAUUGCAGUACAAGUAAAAAAAGGAAACUCAACAAAUCAAACAAAAUGAACGAAGAGUUUCAUGAAGCCGUUAUUGCUACAUUACGAGAUAAUAAGCAACCUGAUGUAGUUGAUGGGUGUUUACUCUUACUAGGUGAAGGGUUAAGAAAAAUACCUUAUAGAGAAUGAGUAAAACUAGAAAUGAAAUUCCUUGCCAUGCUCACAGAAGAACAAGAUAAAUUAAACGAUCU